UAAGCACAUUUCAAUAGGCCAAUAUAUUGACCCUGCCAUGUGCAUCUUGCUACAUUGUUGCAUGCGGAUUCUGAUUUUGAGUAUUCACUUACAUUGUUUUCGCGCGAGGUCGUGUAGAUUGCUCGUGCUAUGAUUCAGGUCAACAUGGACGACUAACGUUAGUCAUUCCGUCUCCAGAGCUCUGGGGGGAAAAACCCCUAGCACCACCAUGUGAAACGGCUGCGGGAACGGGUUGGUUAAUACAUUGCAAUUCUCUGUUGACAAGGAACCCACUGGUUCCACUGCCUCCUCCCAGCCUGAAAAUGAGUGAGCCUAUUGCUGCCGCUACAGAAGCCCCGAGUGAUGUGAUCCCCAGUGUUACUACUGGUGUUACCACUGAAGGUGUAGAUCCACUUUCUACUAAUGCAAACGAGCCUCCCAAGGAAGAGGUCAAGUUGGCGGCAACAGCAGGCAAGAAGCAGACCAAGAAGAAGGUGGAGGAGGUGGUAGAGGAAGAGGAGGAGGAAUAUGUGGUGGAGAAGGUGCUGGACCGACGGGUGGUAAAGGGACGCGUUGAGUUUCUGCUCAAAUGGAAAGGGUUCUCAGAUGAGGACAAUACAUGGGAGCCGCAGGACAACCUGGAUUGCCCUGACCUGAUUGCUGAGUACAUGCAGAAUCAUCAUAACAAAAAAGAAAGUUACAAGAAAGAGUCUGGUGGCAAGAGGAAAGCUGGUGAGUCUGACACAGAGGCAGGGGGUGAAGAAGGCAGGCCCAAGAAGAGGAAAGAUGAGGCAGAGAAGCCCAGAGGCUUUGCUCGUGGACUUGACCCCGAACGGAUCAUUGGAGCCACAGACUCCAGUGGAGAGCUGAUGUUCCUCAUGAAAUGGAAGAACAGUGAUGAGGCGGACCUGGUGCCGGCCAAGGAGGCCAACAUUAAAUGUCCACAGGUGGUCAUAUCCUUCUACGAGGAGCGUCUGACAUGGCACUCCUACCCCACUGAGGAGGAAGAGAAGAAGGAUGAUAAGAACUAGCCACAGGUCCAGGGUGAAGGAGAAGGGGGUACAGAGGGUGGGGUUUAGAGUUGUGGGGAGGGACAGAGAAGCUGAUUUGUUUCAAAAGCUUCAUUCUACAAACCCGGACUGUUGAAACUAAAACAGAGGUUGACAGAUGGGUGGGGAUGAUGGGAAGACUUGUCAAGGAGGUGGGUUGGGGGGCAUGGGUAAAUAGAACUCGUAAGUCUCAAGAUCACUGUAUCAGGCCUCACUUUUGGGUUUUAUCAGCUAAGACCAUGGGAUAUGUCAUUUUCAGUCCCUGAGCACUGAAAUGGCUUUAAAAUCACCAGCUCCUCUUACUGUAGCUUCACCUCAGAAAAGCUUUUGUCGAGAUACACUUUUGAGUGAGCGAGGUAUCCCUACAGCAGCUGAGUUUACAAAAUGGAAGGGUCAGAUUCCAAAACAUGAUCCAGCAAACGUUCUCCGCUAAUUGAAUUGAAAUAGCCAAUCUUAUUUUCCAGUUUUCCUGUGUGAAAUGUUGAAGUUGAUUUCUAGUCAGAACAUUAUCUUGUACCUACACAUCCCUCAUCGAGCAACUUGCAGGGGCUUUUUGUUUCUCUUUCGACGUUUUAAGUGUUGGCACCUGCCCUCCCUUGCCAUAUCAUUAUCAUAUAAUGUGUAAAUAGUUGUGGUUUUAUUUGGUUAUGAGAGCGAUCUAAGAAGGAUUCUAUUUGAGUGUUUUGGAUGUUCAGACUGGAGUUAACCUAGAUUCUGGUCUUUAAGUGUUACGCAUAGGUGUAUAGAGUUGUGAACAAUGGUGUGAAGCAGGGUUUCCGCUAGGAAAAUGUGGUGCUGGACAUUAUAGACUGGCAGCAUUUUAAUUUACCGGACAUUUGAGACAUUUUCCCGGCCCAUAUGAAUUGUGCGUGUAACCUGUUUAGGGCGUACAGCCAUGGUGAUUCACCUGAAAAGAACAUGCAAAUCGAGGAUGCAACUGCGUGCAUCCUUACCAAAUUCCGAUGCGCACUUUGAAGGUGUUAGAACAACUGUCCACAUGUACUUGUCCUCAGCCAACAAGACGAGUAACGAACAGCAACAAUCACCUGCCUAUGUCAGUCUACUAUCCCCCACAGUGGAACAAUAAACCUAUUUAUUGGUCAGCUUGUCGUUCUGUGCGCGAAAGAAAUGGUCUACUCCAAACAGACUCUGGGACAGUUGUGGGACGACAGAUCCCAAAUUCAUACAACCCGUAGGCCUAGGCUACAACAAAACAGAAACGUUAAAGCAACGAGGCUGAUGCUACCGAUCAGAACGUUUAGCUUAAAAUGUUCAUCAACUAUUAUUUCUUCAACACUUUGCGAAUGUUUGUCCCGUAAUGCAAUUGGCAAGAAAACACUGUUGUGUGCGGCUUCAUGGGAUGAAAAUAUCCAUUUGAUCUCCCCUCUUAGUCUAAAGAUGCAACAACUAGCAUGUGUUGCUAAUAUGACUAGGAUUGUGCCUUUCAAUACUGGACAAUGAAAGAAAGUUGAUUUGAAAACCAAUAGAAAAUGAGAGAAUUAGGCUGCUGGUUUCAAUGGCAUACGGAACUCUAAAUUGCCUUUACGUUUCUAGGGUCGGAUGUUGGCUAGGCUACUUUGAAGCAAGGGAAGACAUGCCUCAUAAUAUGAAGAAAAACAUUCAGGUUUCAAGCAAUUUUUAAAAAAGCAUCCUGCCUCCAUUUCAUUGCUAAGUGGUGUGUGACGCGCUGAAGCCUGCAUAUUGUUGCCUGGGCACUUAAAAGAAGGGUGCUUCUAUUGCCAGUUAAGAAAUUAAAUAGUAGCUAUUUUUAAUUAUGGCCAUCAUCUUAUUUCAACACACGAUUGCAUUUAGUUGUGCAAUGAUUGGGCUUGUAAAAACACGUUUGACUCCGGUAGCAAGGAACACGCUGUUUGAGAAGCUGUACCAGCAGCUCCUCUGUUCUGACAGAUUUUCCGCUCAAAUUAGGCUCUGCAUCUGUAUGCUGUGUGCAUGUGACGAGAUGCAUAAAGACUAACGAAAAUACACACAGCAAUUUAAUUCGACCAAAUUAUGCAAAUGAACCUAUAGACUGAUAAUCUUGACCGGUCAUAUGUAUUUGCAUCGACUGGAAUUUCCAUCAAUGAAUAGGCUAAAAAGCCAUUUUCAAUGGGAUUUUUUUUUCUUCUCACAGAGAAUUGUCCGGCUGCAUUUUUAUUUAUCGGCAUUUCACUUUUUUUAAAUCUGCCAAAAGCAGGCUAUUACUAGCCAACAGAAUCCCUGGUAUGGAGCAACUCACUUUGUUGUAGAGCACCAGUGUGACCUAUGUAACCUGAGUUGUUUGUAGGCUCGUACCCAUGGCUAAUAAAACUUGAUUGGUGUGAUCCACUUUCCUGUCAGAUAACAUACUCUCGGAAAACCGGCAAUAAGUAAGAAGCUAUAGACGAAGAUGCGAAAGACGGGCUUUCACUCAGAUUCAUCUUUGGUGGAAAGCUUCAUUUACUAUAACGUCCACAUAGUCUGUCUCGCUUUCUUGUCGAGCUCUUCCCAUGUGCAGUACAUGCUCACCAUUCACAGGCUUGAGGUGAUUGGGGCUUUUAGGAGGUUUGGCAUUGCCAUCAAACUGCACUGUAAAUAUGUGGAUUUGGAUUAAGGGGGUGGGAAGGGUUGGGCCCAGUCAAUGCCUAUGGUUGGCUGUGAUUGUGAAGAUGGGAUGGACAAAAAAAAAGUGUUUUCUUGCAAUGCAACCAACAUAAGCCAGUAAUGCAAGUGUCAAAUCUCUCCCAAGAGGUAUACACAGAGGUAAAUGUAGUGUCUAUGCCAGGGCUCUCCAACCCUGUACCUAGAGAGCUACAGUCCUUUAUAUUUUUGCUCCAACUCUAAUCUAGCGCACCUGAUUGUCAUAAUUAGCUGGUUGAUAAGCUGAAUCGGGUCAAUCAAAACGGGAACCUACUGGAGAGUACCUCUCCAGGAACAGGGUUGGAAUACCCUGGUCUAUGCACAUGCCUCUGUUUUACUAAACCCUUGUUUUAAAUAAAGACUGGUCCCUAGGUAUAGUCUAUAUUGUGAUUCAAAGUAAACACAACAGUUUUAUGGUGACCUGUUUAUAGUGUAAAGUAAAUAUAUUCAAGGUGUUGACAGCUCACGUGAAUAUAGAUCAAUCUAGCAACUUCUCCAUCUCACACAGCUGACAAAAAGAUGAUGGGCCUCCUGCCCAAGAAAUCGCAAGACCAGAUCAUGAUGGCCUCUCCAACUAAGCUUAAUUCUACUUUCAGACUUUACCUUUGAGCUCUGAUGUUAAUACUCGCCCAGUCUGCACCUGUUAUAUUAAAAUGAGCUGCCAAUUAAAGAUCUGACACACUCGCAGAGGUGAGUGGGUUAUGUUAAACAUCUGACACCCUCAGAGGUGGGUGGAUUAUAUUUGAGUUUGGUUUGUGGGGCUUAGCUACCGCUGGCUUAAUUUCAGAAUUGUUCACUGCUCUACUGCAUCUGAAUAUUCCUCUUCUUUAAAAAAAACUAAAUUGUUAAGUAAUCUAUUUUAAUCACGGCUAACAAUAGCUUGAAUGAAAGUGUUAAUCGAUUGAACUGAUUAAUCGUGACUAACAUUUUAAAUGUUGAGGUACUGAAGACAACCACCUGUACCAGGGGUUUUACAGCCCUGGUAUAGAGCCUGUUGCCUUGGAUUGAUUUUGCAUUGGCAUUUUACUGCUCAUUUUAACAUUACAAAGAGGGCUGUAUAUCUUUUCUACUAUACUAGACCGGAAGAUUUCUAUAUAUAUACACAGUAUAUCCUAGACAAGUGGCUCAUAUGUAACCUUUUAGUUCUUUUUGUCUUUGACUAUUUCUUGUGUCUACUGAAGAUGCAUGUUUCUUGCUUUCAAUCAAUGUCACCAUUUGCAGUGGUUACUUUUACUUGUAUAAAUGUUUUUGGACAAUAAAUCUUUUUUGUUAACAA